UUAAACUAAAAAUGGCGGUUCCUACGAUUGUACGGAUAAAGUUAGAUUUGAAAGAAGUUUCGCACGCCGUUUCAAACACUUUAAUUUGGAUUGCCGUGGAUACAAAUAUCCUCAGAACUAUUCAAGAUUUAAAAGAUUUAGUUGCGAAAAGGUUUAACAUAAAAGAAUUUAAUUUAUUUUUUAAAGAUUGUCUUCUGCCAGACGACGAGACGAUAUCUAUCGUUAGAGACGAGGAUCUUAUUAAAAUCCAAUUGAAUAAUUCAUCAAGUUGUAUUUUGGAAAACAACAAGACAGAAAAUUGUUUUGUGUCUGUUGACUGUAAAAAUAUAAGUAAAACUGUUAGAAAAAGAAAAAUAUCUGAUUUGAGUGAUGACAGCGACAAAUUACAAUCAAAAACUGAUGUAAAGAAUAACGAAGAUAAUAUUGAAACCUUUCGUGACAAAUCUGUUACAUGUAAGAAAAAAAAGAAGAGAAAGAAAGAGAAGUAUGAAAAUAAGUACGAUGAAACUGUUGUUACACCUGAAUGUGAAAUUAAUGUAAAUGGCAUUUCUUCAUUAUUUAGUGAGGGAGACAAACAAGAAGAGUUAAUAUUAAAGUCAAAAGAAUUAGAAUUGGUGUCAGAUAAAUGUAAAACUAAUGAUGAUGAAGAAUUUGAUAAAGAAGCAACUUUGCAAAUUGUACACAAUACUUUUGAAGAAUGUAACCAAUCUUCUGCGUGUGAUGAUACAAGGAUUAGUAAGGUUUCAAAGAAAAGACGAAGGUAUAGAAAGAAGAAGAAAGAUAAUUUUUUAGAUAAUUCUAUGCAAAAUACGACAGAUGAAUCGAACAAAAUUUCAAAAAUUGAUGAACAACCUCUAAUAGUUAAAGUUUUAAAUGUUUAUAAAAAUAAACACACUAGAUUUGAUGAAAAUGAGGGAAAAAAUGAUAAUUUUACAAAUGCAUUGCUACACGAAGAAAAAAUGAAAAAAUUUACUGAAAAAAUUCAAGAUUCUGUUUCCUUUGAAGAAGAAGUUUUGCAAAUCAUGCACAAUACUCCAUUAAAUGAACAAAGGAACAAGAAAAGUUCUCAGUCAAAAUCAUUAUCACAAAAUCAUUCAAGUUUUCAAAAUUCUUCAAAUACAGAAAACAAUUUCAAUGAAAAGAAAUCUAAUUUAUUUGCACAACUUAAAAACAAAGAAAAACAACUUGAAAUAAGUGCAUCGUCAUCAUUCACAAAUGAAGAUGAACAACAAAAUUUAAAUGAAGUAAUUACAACAGAAGAGAAAGAUUAUCAAAAAUAUCCAAUUUUGAGAGGACCUCCCAGGGUUGGUGACAUUGUUGCAUUCAAGGUUUUAGAACUGUCUUCAUCGUAUUGUCCAGAAAUAUCAAGUUAUAAAGAAGGAAAAAUAUUACAACAUAAUCAAGGGACGGAUAAUUUUGUAAUAGAAAUGUUUACUCCAAAUGUAACUCGUACAUAG